CGCCACCAUCGCAGCGCCACGGCCCGCUCCGCCAGCCUCGAGCCCGGCGCGCCCGCCGGGAGUGCUCCUGCAAGCUCCCUGAAGUUGCUCCUCCGGGCAGCGACCCAGGCUUCGCCUGGGUCACCGGCCGGGGAUCUGGCUCCGUGCUGCAAAACAACAACUAGUCUCCCCGCGUCCGCCCUCCUGGCGGUGAGCCUCCGAGACCCUGGUCCAGAGCGGGUUGCCUUGGACCUGGGACUAGACUGAUCCCAAAACGCCAGCCUCAGGCCACCACAGACCGGGCUCUGCGUCGCCUCUGAUAUGUCACCGACCAUCUCCCACAAGGACAGCAGUCGGCAGCGGCGGCCAGGCAUGUUCAGCCACGCUCUGGAUAUGAAGAGUGGCCCGCUGCCGCCGGGCGGCUGGGAUGAGAGUCACUCGGACUUGGUGGGCGGGGAGGGGGACCGAGAAGCUCUUCUUGGAGAUGCCGGCCCCGGUGACAUCCCAAAAGCUCCGCGGAGCUACAGAGCCGAACUAAGUAGCAUUUUGUUACUGCUCUUUCUUUACGUGCUUCAGGGCAUUCCCUUGGGCCUGGCGGGGAGCAUCCCACUCAUUUUGCAGAGCAAAAAUGUUAGCUAUACAGACCAGGCUUUCUUCAGUUUUGUCUUCUGGCCUUUCAGUCUUAAGUUGCUCUGGGCGCCCUUGGUUGACGCUGUCUACUUUAAGAACUUCGGUCGUCGCAAGUCCUGGCUUGUCCCUACUCAGUAUAUACUAGGAAUCUUCAUGAUAUAUUUAUCCACUCAGGUGGACCAUAUGCUCGGAAAUACUGAUGGCAGAACACCUGAUGUGGUUGCUCUCACUGUGACAUUCUUUUUGUUUGAAUUCCUGGCCGCCACACAGGACAUCGCUGUGGAUGGUUGGGCGUUAACUAUGUUAUCCCGCGAAAAUGUGGGCUAUGCUUCCACGUGCAAUUCUGUGGGCCAAACAGCAGGCUAUUUUUUGGGCAAUGUUUUGUUUUUGGCUCUUGAAUCUGCUGAUUUUUGUAACAAGUAUUUGCGGUUUCAGCCUCAACCCAGAGGAAUCGUUACCCUUUCAGAUUUUCUUUUUUUCUGGGGAACUGUGUUUUUAAUAACAACGACAUUAGUAGCUCUUCUGAAAAAAGAAAACAAGGAAGUGUCAAUAGUAAAAGAAGAAACACAAGGGAUCACAGAUACUUACAAGCUGCUGUUUGAAAUUGUAAAAAUGCCAGCAGUUCUGGCAUUUUGCCUUCUGAUUCUAACUUCAAAGAUUGGCUUUUCAGCAGCAGAUGCCGUGACAGGCCUGAAACUGGUCGAAGAGGGAGUGCCUAAAGAGCAUCUGGCCUUACUGGCCGUUCCGAUGGUCCCUCUGCAGAUAAUACUGCCACUGAUCAUCAGCAAGUACACUGCAGGGCCCCAGCCGCUGAACAUAUUUUACAAAGCCAUGCCCUACAGAUUAUUGCUUGGAUUAGAAUAUGCCCUGCUUGUUUGGUGGACUCCUAAAGUAGAGCAUCAAGGAGGAUUCCCCAUCUAUUACUAUAUUAUAGUGCUGCUGAGUUAUGCCUUACAUCAGGUCACGCUGUACAGCAUGUAUGUGUCGAUAAUGGCUUUCAAUGCCAAGGUCAGUGACCCUCUUAUUGGAGGAACAUACAUGACCCUUUUAAAUACUGUGUCCAAUCUCGGAGGAAACUGGCCUUCUACAGUAGCUCUUUGGCUUGUAGAUCCUCUCACAGUGAAGGAGUGUGUAGGAGCAUCAAACCAGAAUUGUCGAACACCCGAUGCUAUCGAACUCUGCAAAAAACUUGGAGGCUCGUGUGUGACGGCUCUGGAUGGUUAUUACGUGGAAUCCAUUAUCUGUGUUUUCAUUGGAUUUAGUUGGUGGUUCUUUCUUGGUCCAAAAUUUAAAAAGUUACAGGAUGAAGGACCAUCUUCAUGGAAGUGCAAAAGGAACAAUUAAUGCCAACAUUACUGGACAUUUUAGAAGUGGGAGCUGGAGAGGUGGCUCAGCCGUUAGGAGCACUGACUGCUGUUCCAGAGGACCCCAGUUCCAUCCCAUCACCCACACGGCGGGUCACAAUCUCCUGUGGCUCUAGUCUCCGGGCAUCUGUUGUUCUCUUCUGGCUAGUGUGUGCACUCGGUGCAUAUCCAUGUGCUCAGAUAAGACACCGAUACACAUAAAAAUAAAGAAAUCUUAAACAAUUAACAACUUCUGAUUACUGCCUUGGCCCAGCACUGCAAAAAGUUAAAUAGAAGAAAACAAAGAAAAGCUCUUCCUUGAGCACUACACCUGUCCACUGUGGUCAUCAUUAGAGGUUUCUGAACUAUUAGUUGUAGCAGCCAAAACUUAGUACUUGAUUCAAGAUACCAUUCAAAAGUCCUCAUAUCAAUUAACAAGAGGAUCCAUUAUUUUAAAAGGUAGGUGUUUGGUAAUUCCUGUUUUACACAAAAAACAGAGGCACAGGAGAAGGUAAGUGAUUUUUCUUUUCUUUCUUUUUUUCCCCCCAGUUUUUUCAAGACAAGGUUUCUCUGUGUAGUCCUAGCUGUCCUGAAACUUACUUCGUACACCAAGCUAGCCUCAAAUGCAUGUUGAUCCGCCUGCCUCUGCCUCCUGAAUCCUGGGACUGAAGGCGUGCAUCACCACUCCCAGCAGUAAAUAAGUGAUUUUUCUAAAGACAGUUUGCUAGUAGAGUCAGUGCCAACUGUGGUCCCCACUGUGAAGCUACUGAGCUGCUGCUGUUGCUCUCUGAUUACCAGCUCACCUGUCCCACACCAUAGUCCCUUUGCACCAUCUAAAUUAGCUCCUAAACAAUGACAAGCUUCACAUUGUAUCUCUCAUUCUUAGACCAGUAUACCAAUCUAGUAUACCAAUUUAUAUCCUUUGGUUCAUAACCUUAUCCUGCACUUAAAUAGUCCCGUAGAAGUGAACUCCCACCUCUCAUGUGCCAAGAUUACAGGCACAUACCUGGUUUAUGUGGUGCUGGAGAGUGAACCUAGCACUUGGAGCCUGCUGCCCAAGCACUCUACUGACUGAACCAGCAUCUCCAGCCG